AGCUUACCCCCUGCACUCACUGUAUUACCGAAUGUUAUCGAGAAGAGCCAGCGGACCGUCAUCGUGCACGGACUCGCGGACUUCAUGUACAUCGUUGUUUUCUGCAUUAUGGUUCCAGAGUUUGCGCCAGUAGUAAGUCUGACAGUGCUG